GGACCGUGCGUAGCUUCUAUGGGCGUGACCUCACCGUUUCCCUUACAUCCCGUGCUGCUCAAUGCGGAAGACAACAAGAGACGCUCCAGUCAGUUGAUCAGAAGUCAUCUACAGAAGUUCUUGUUGUCUAUAUCUUAGAGUUACUUCUGAACCAUGUGGCCAAAUCAAGGCCCUCCUCCUCCAAUGGCAUCAACAAACCCUGCCUAUCCUCCUGGUUGCAGCUAUCCAUGCAACCCUGCUGGUCCAGGAGCGUUUCCCCCACCCCCAUACACCUCUUAUCCAGCUGGUCAGUACCCACCUGGUCAGUUUCCUCCUUAUCAGUACCCAGGAAUGGCACCACAUCCACAUCCAGGGGCCAUGCCUUAUGGAGGCCAAGGGGCCCAUGCUUAUCCUCCUGCCUCAGGUGGAUACCCUCAUGUUCCUCCUGUGUAUGUUCAUCGUGGUCCUUUUCCACACUCUUCAAAAGGAUAUCACUUUGGUCUUCAUAAAGGUCACCACAAAUAUUAUCCUCCUCAUCACCAUGGGAUGCACCCCAUGCCUGGUGGGUUAGCAGCAGGUGUGGUAGCUGUUGGAAUGGGUCUGAUGGGUCACAAAGCCCACAAAAAGAUGAAGAAAAGAAUGAAGAAAGCACAUAAAGGACACAAGUACUGGCAUGGCAAGUCAUCCAGCAGCAGCAGCAGCGACUCUGACUGACAGCCACCCUUUAAGGUUCCAAAAGUGGAGAGUGGGAGUUCCUGACUACUGUUACACAUAAAUAAUGACUGUAUGCAUUCUGUGCUUAUAUGAUACACUGAGACAUGUUAAAUUACAAAAUAAUUACAUAAAAAUGACAAAAUAAUAUAUUAUUAAUUAUAAACUAUGAAUAAUUAUAAACUCAUUGUUUGUAAUAAAUAAAUAAAUAAAUAAAUAAAUAAAUCUAAAUAUAUA